AUGCCGACCAUUUUUUGCUGCACCCUCAACGGUAGGCGCAUCGAGUUGACUCCCGAUCAGCAAGUUGCCACGGCACUUGGACUCAGCCGCCUUCUUCUGGUAGCAAUCCAGGCAGCAUUUGCAAAAAACACCCCGGUACUGGUCACGGCAUCUACUACCACUGCCGUCGCGCAGUUUACAGAAACCCUAAUAGCCUUGGAUGUUUUUGAGGGCAUCACCAUCGUUCGGUACCUAGCAGACGCCUCCGCCGCCGCCAAUGCCCCUACCAUCCCGGUCGAUCUCAAUAACGUAUUGAAGCGGCUUGAGCAGGAUUGUGACGAGGAGAUGAACAUGGACGAGCAGGAUUUAUGCAGGAAUUACCGCCUAGGUAGGGAAAGGAUCGGGCAGUACUUGGAGGAUCCGGACCUCAUCUUUCAGAUGACGGAGGACGAAAAGAAGGAUUACAUCAUUUCUGAGCGAUUUGUGUCCAACAAUGUCGAAAUGGUCACUUUAAUGUUCCGCCUUCGCAAGUCCAACAUCAUAUUGGCCACCAUGUCUUCCCUGCUGAACACAGCGGGGCCAGGCGGCAUCAUCAAGACCCACGUAGAGCAACUUAGGGUUUUGAUCGGGGAUGAGGCCUCCAAAUACUGGAGCCCGUACUUGGAGCCAUUGCCAUACGACUGCCGGAUUCGCCAUAUCUAUAUAGGCGACAUACACCAGCUCGAGGCCGAUUCGCUGUGCCCCGAUCUUUCGCGUCAGCGAUGUUUGGUACUAAAAGGGUCAUGGCGGUGA